AUGGCUGGAGGUCUGGCGAUCACCCUCGCCGGCGUCGCAGGUAACAUCAUCUCCUUCAUGGUGUUCCUGGCACCACUGGCGACGUUCAGGCAGGUGUUCGCGAAGAAGACGACUGGCGGGUUCAGCUCGGUGCCGUACGUGGUGGCGCUCUUCAGCUGCGUGCUGUGGAUCUUCUACGCGCUCAUCAAGACCAACUCCCGCCUGCUGCUCACCAUCAACGCCUUCGGAUGCGGCAUCGAGUUCAUCUACAUCGCCGCCUACCUCCUCUACGCGCCGCGCCGCGCCAGGCUCAGGACGCUCGCCUACUUCUUCCUCCUCGACGUCGCCGCCUUCGGCCUCGUCGUCGCCCUCACGCUCAAGGCCGUCAGGCCGGCGCAGCGCGUCAAGUUCCUCGGCAGCGUCUGCCUCGCAUUCUCCAUGGCCGUCUUCGUCGCGCCACUCUCCGUCAUCUUCAAGGUGAUCAAGACCAAGAGCGUGGAGUUCCUGCCCGUCGGCCUCUCCGGCUGCCUCGUCCUCAGCGCCGUCGCCUGGUUCUGCUACGGCCUCUUCACCCACGACCCAUUCGUCAUGUACCCGAACGUGGGAGGCCUAUUCUUCAGCUGCGCCCAGAUGGGCCUCUACUUCUGGUACCGCAACCCCAGCAACGCCGCAGUGCUGCCCACCACCACCGACGCCGGAGAUGGCGGCGCCGCCGUGCACCAGGUGAUCGAGCUGCCCGUGCACACCGUCGCCAUCCUCUCCGUGGGCCCCGUCCCGGUCGUCGGCGUGCACAAGAUCGAGGUCAGGGCGAUCGAGCAGCACACCAACGCUGUCAACCCCAAGGCGGCAGAGAUCGACAAGCCGGAGGUCAUCGAGAUCGUCGCCGCCCUGUGA